AUGAAUGUCUCCAACGCCAGACUAUACCGGUUUCCCACCAACAUUCUCAAACAAAUGAAGUUCAGAAGUCUGAAAAAAGAUCCUGUCUUUAACCAUGAGGUAAUCAAAACAAAUAAUCCCAACUGUGAAUCACAGUAUGCAAAAUUGCAGCAGAUGAGUAAUCAACAGGCCACAGUAAAUGAACAACCUAGUAGCCAAAUCAAUCGUAGUAAGCAGGUGCCAUUUGGCUUAUUGCUCCCUAUCUUGAUUCCCGAACUUGCCAAAGAUAAAGCAAUGCAACUUACAACAUUGUUUAACAAAUUGAAGAAAGAUGAAAUACCCAAAGAUCAUUUUGUACGGCUUAUGAAAGGGAUUGUGGGGGAUCAGAUGCUUAGAAUAGCAUUGACGAAAGUGCAACAACAAACAAAAGCCAACGCAGGUUCUUCUGGACAGCAGCACCCUGUAAGGAUGCCAACGGUUACUUCCAGUGGAACAAAAUUUAAUGAUCCCCAUGCAUUAGCACAACUGCAUCAGAGAAGUAUGAAUCCUGCUGCAGACCAUUCUCAUAAUACUUCUUCAGCUAUCCAAGUGAAGAGUGAACCGACCUAUUCAACUAUGGAUAUUGGUGCUAAAAAGUCUCUGGAACAUGAUGUUCGAGUUGUGCAACCAAAUCAAUUACCAUCAUCAGGUUCUAAUGCCGUCAGUCAAGAAACUGAAAGAUCCUCAGUUCACAUACAAGGCCUUAAUAAGCAGCAACAGCAGCAUAUACAUUUCCCAUCGACAUAUGGAAGCAGUGGUGGUAACUACAACCAUUUUUUCGGGACAACUACUAGUUCGUCAUCUCUCAGACCACAACCUCAUCCUCAUGAUUCACACAUAAGGCAAAUUCCUCAUCAGAAUAUUGGUUUAAAUCACUUGGGUGUAGAACGACAAAGUUCUUUCACUGGGUUGCCUUCUGUUAAUUCUGGUCAAACUGAACAAGGUGGUAGCAAGGCAAAGGACAACAUCAAUUCUGUUAAAGAAGUCAAUACUGCUUCUAAUGGGGGUGUUACUGUUGAGUGUGGUUCAUCUGAGAAACUUCGGCAUCUUAAGAAAGUAGGAGCACCAUUAGCUGUACCUUUUGAAACUGCCAACGGAAAGACUUCCAAUGCUGGCGUAAGAACUGAUUCCCCUGAGCUGUUUGCGGCGGAUGCAGCCACUAAGACCACACUUGUAGUAGUUCCCUUCCAAUCAGCUGGAAAAAGGCCCAAGAAGCCUGUUAAUGAAGUUGCGCCUGUCGUCCAUACUAAGAAGCGAGGAAGACCACCUAAAGUAGAUAGUUCUUCCGAGACAAUACGUGAUUUGGUGGCUUAUAGCAGGGAACACUCAGGGUUGUCCUGUACAGGAGCAGAGAACAACAUACCAAUAGAUCCUCAGUACUAUCUUGAGAAUCAAAUUAGCAAGCCAAUUCUAAGAAUUUUUGAGCCAAUUCUAAAGAAUGCCAGCAAGGAACUUCUCCAUGGAAGUCACACGAGAUCUAUUUCUAUUUCUACUCCGUCUAACAGCGGUAUAAUGAAAUUUGCCAAGAAACAGUUUACUUGCAUUGGUUGCAAAGCUUUACUUAGCAAUGGAGACCGCACUCUCUGCUCUCAUUGCAAAGGAAGGGAAGCUGAACUGAUGUUCUCUGUACAAGUCGAGAUUGUCCAAUUUUUUUAUCGACGCAAGAAGGCACAGAAAGACAUGGCUGAAGCAAGGGUGCAAUUGGACAGAUGGAACUUCUAA